UGGACUAAACACAUAUAUAUCGUGUCAGGUACAACGUUAUGAACAGAUUAUACAUCAGCUGUGAUAUGAAUACACAUGUCCUCCACACGGUGAAACUGAACCGAAGAUCAGUAUGGAGCUUAAGGACAAUUUCCUGUUGGUUGCCGCCAUUGAUUUUGGAACUACGUACACUGGUUAUGCCUAUUCCACUCUAAAAGAAUUCCAGACCGAUCCUCUGAAAAUUAACAUGAUGACCUGGAAUGCGGGAUCAGGAGGACUUGUGUCUCAGAAAACAUCCACCUGCGUUCUAUUUAAGCCAGAUGGGACCUUUCAUUCCUUCGGAUAUAAGGCUGAAGAUUACUAUACCGAGCUGUAUAUGGAUGAUAAACACAAAGACUGGUUUUUCUUCCGCCGCUUCAAAAUGGAGUUGUACAAAGAUCACAUAAACAAAAACUUCAUGUUAAGAACAUCAGAUGGAAAGGGAAUGUCAGCAAUCACAGUUAUAUCAGCUGUGAUAGGCUACCUGAAGGGACAUUUGAUUGAGGCAAUACACACUCAGGCAGUCGAUGUGUCAGAGACAGAUAUCAGAUGGGUAGUCACUGUACCCGCCAUAUGGAGUGACGCAGCAAAACAGAUGAUGCGAGAGGCAGUUGAAAGGACUGGAAUAGUAAGUAAUCAACUAAUUCUUGCAUUAGAACCAGAAGCUGCAUCGAUGCUCUGUAAAAACCUCCCUGCAGUUGAGCUUUUCUCCGCAGACUACACAGACAAAGUUGAUACUUUUCGGUCAGGAGCGAAAUACAUGGUGUUCGAUGCUGGAGGUGGUACCAUAGAUAUCACGGUACAUGAAGUGUUAAAAGGAGGAUUUUUGAAAGAAGUCCAUGCGGCUAAUGGCGGCGACUGGGGAGGGACCAAAGUUGACGAAGCUUUUGAGGAAUUCUUGGAGAGUAUUGUCGGGAAGGCUGCGUUCCAACACUUCAAGGCUAAUGAGUUACCGAGUGUCAUAGACCUGCACAGGAAUUUUGAGGUAAAAAAAAAGAUGUGCACAGGUGAGGAUAUUGGAACGAAAAUGUCGUUAUAUGUCCCCUGUUCGCUUCUAGAAUCAUUCAAAGAACACAAUCCCGGAAAAUCUAUAGAUGACGCUAGUGCAGUUUAUCACUGUUCAACAGAGGUGGAAUGGAAGCGGGACAAAGUGCGACUUUCACAAAAGAAAACACUAUCUGUGUUUGAACAAUCGUUCAAGCAGAUCAUCGAUCACAUGUCCGAUAUCCUCAGCAAACCGGCGAUUAAAGAUUGUGAGGCCAUCCUGAUGGUGGGUGGAUACUCCGAAUGUCCACUUCUCCAGGACGCCAUCAGAACCGUCGCCGGAGACAUCCGUCUGAUCGUUCCUAGUGAUGCGAGCCUGGCCGUACUGAAGGGAGCCGUGAUCAACGGACACUGUCCGGACACUGUGUCAGAGCGGGUAUGUAAAUACACAUACGGAACAGGUUGCAGGCAGAUGUUUAUAAGAGGAGUACACAGAGUAGAUUAUCUUGUAUUAACUGAAAGAGGGGAAAUAAGGUGUGAAAAUUGUUUUUCAUCAUUUGUCAAAAAAGGCACACACGUCAAGAUUGGUACAUCUUCGUUUACUAAUACUUUCAGUGUGGCUACCUCAGGUCAAACAGGUAUGUGUGUUGAACUGUAUGUCUCAACGUCUGUUAACCCAUUGUAUAGCACAGAGGCAAGUUGCCAGAAGAUAGGAGCAAUCACGUUGGAUAUGCCUGAUACAUCGUUGGGUCUUGACAGAGGAGCAUGUGUAACGAUGUAUUUCGGGGGAUCAGAGGUCGAACUCAAAGCCGUUGACAAACAUACCGGAAAUGAGAUACGAGGCUGUUUUGAUCUUCUCGGAUAGUAUUAUGUUCUUCGGGGUUUAGCUGCGGAUGAAUUAAUGUGUUUAAUUUUGUAGUGCCCUCCGUUUUAUUUAUAUUUCGAUUUCGAGGGCAUUCCAUUCAUUUUAUAUUAUAUCAGUGGAGAUGACAUUGUAACCAAGGGUUGAUCUAAAGCCCAAAAGCGUUUACCAGUUCUCCCCUCACACAAGGCAAUUCUAAACAAACACAUAUUUAUGUUUAUUUGAUCAUUGUGCUGUUAUAUGGAAAACAAUAGGACAGUUUUAAACAACAUUGCAUAAAAUAUCCAUUAUAAACUGAAAAAGUAGAAAUUUUCACGGUAUGGCUCUUCAAACGAAUCGCGGUGUUAAACGUUCUUGUGACGGCAAUGAUUCUAAACCUAUAUAAUUGUUAGCUACAUAAUCCACAAGUAACUAUUUGCAUGUAGAUAUUUUCGCACUCAUUUACUCAACGCGACAAACGCGAUAAUGUCCACACCGCGAAAAUUUCCACUUUUACAGUAUGUAGUUUUAUUAAGUGGUAUAUAUAUACGUAGAGAUUAAAUACAUUAUUUUUUAAUGUUUUUGUACACGACAAAUAUGUUAUGUGUUUAGUGUUACUGUUCAUCAGACAAUGUGGUAUCUGGUCAUUUUGAAAAGCGCAGAUGCAGUAUGUCGGUGAGAUCAAACGCCAGACUUUUCAACAUGCCGAGACCUACAUGAAUGGCCAAGCAUGCUGUUCUUAUUUUCCACUAACAAACUUGAGUAACCAGUGUUGACAAUGAACGAUACCUAAUAAACCAUAUACGUGUUGUUAUUUCAGAUAUUAUAUAUUUACAUAGAGAAUAUUAAAUGGUAAAAUCCAUAUCACAUGCCAUAUCAGCCCGAGGACCACAUAUCAAACCGAGGGCUGGAAACUUGCUUUGGCAUUGAUCAUAUACUUCAACACUGAAAGGUAAAUUCAACACAAAUUCAAUCAAACAAAAACUUAAUACAUGACAUCUCAGUAUAGCUCGGGUUGUUGUGCCGCAGGUUGUUUUUUCUUCUCUGUCUCGAGACAGAUUGUUCGUGUUAUUAAGAUCAUCAAGAUCCAGUAUCCAAUUAGCCAGUGAAUUUAGAAUUAUGUCACCUUCAGUAUUUUUUACCUGACCUCAUCAGUGACCUUCGUAUCUGAUGUAAACAAAUCAGUGGUAGUCUAUGCGCAUAUAACUCUAGAGGUGUUCUGCACCUGUAGAGUUCCGAAAGUCGUGAUAUCCAUUUUUAUGCAUUUCCUGUCUAAUAUGUGAUAUGCAUUUCCCAACCGCCGGUCUGAUAUGGGUCACGUGAAUUUGCAGCAUAUAGUUCUCAGUAUAUGACAAACGCUAGUAUCAUUGUCUACUGUUAUACCUAAUUAAGUAUCGUUUAUCAUUGUCUACUGUUAUACCUAAUUAAGUAUCGUUUAUCAUUGUCUACUGUUACCCUAAUUAAGUAUCGUUUAUCAUUGUCUACUGUUAUACCUAAUUAAUCGUUUAUCAUUGUCUACUGUUAUACCUAAUUAUGUAUCGUUUAUCAUUGUCUACUGUUUACCUAAUUAAGUAUCGUUUAUCAUUGUCUACUGUUUUACCUAAU